AUGGCAUCAAACCCGCAACAAUCGCUGACGUCGACGCCGCCGUGCACGCCGCAAAAACCGCGCAAAAAGAAUGGUCUCAAACCACCUUCGGCGAACGCAGAAAGGUUCUCCGCACCCUACUCAAAUACGUCCUCGACCACCAAGACGACAUCGUCACAGCCUGCUGUCCUAGACUCAGGCAAGACCAAAGUCGACGCGUGUUUUGGCGAGAUCCUCGUCACAGCCGAGAAGCUCAAAUGGACACUCGACCACGGCGAAACGGCCCUUCUCCCCUCGCGCCGCCCAACAAACUUCCUCAUGAUGUACAAAAAGAACUGCGUCAUCUACGAACCGCUCGGCGUCGUCGCCGCGGCCGUCUCUUGGAACUACCCAUUCCAUAACUUCAUCGGCCCCGUCAUCAGCGCCCUCUUCACCGGCAACGCCAUCAUCGUCAAACCCUCCGAACAAACCGCCUGGUCCUCGGCAUACUUCCUAGACAUCGCCCGCAGCGCCCUCCUAGCCUGCGGCCACUCGCCAGACCUCGUCCAAACAACAAUCUGCCUUCCCAAAGUAGCAGACCAUCUGACCUCACACCCCGAAAUCGCCCAUUUAACCUUCAUCGGCUCCCGACCCGUCGCGCACAAAGUCUGCGCAUCAGCAUCUAAAUCCCUAACACCUGUCUGCGUCGAACUAGGCGGCAAAGACCCCGCAAUAGUCCUAGAAGACCCCACAACUCUCCGCAAUCUCCCAGCCAUAUCCUCAAUCCUAAUGCGCGGCGUCUUCCAAUCCGCGGGCCAAAACUGCGUAGGCGCAGAACGAAUCAUCGCUCUACCAACUUCCUACGAAAAACUCAUCGCCCUAGUCGAACCGCGCAUUAAUAAUCUCCGCCUGGGCUCAAUUACUCUAGACACUGAUCCCAAUACUUCCUCGUGCCCGGAUCUCGGGGCUAUGAUUUCCCCGGCUUCGUUUGAUACACUUGAAUCUCUUAUUGCGGAGGCAGUGGAUCAGGGAGCUCGUCUUCUCGCGGGUGGAAAACGAUAUGAUCACAAGACUCAUGUUCGCGGUCAUUACUUCACGCCUACAUUAUUGGUUGAUGUUACCCGAGACAUGCGUAUUGCUCAGGAAGAACUCUUCGCCCCGAUAUUCCUAGUCAUGCGCGCUGAGUCGGUCAGUGAUGCUAUCGCGCUGGCGAAUUCAACCGUCUACGCCCUCGGCGCGAGUGUGUUCGGAUACCAGAGUGACCAAGUGCAGGCUGUUGUGCGCGGUGUUGAAGCGGGUAUGGUCUCUGUGAAUGAUUUCGGCGCCUAUUAUGCUGUUCAGUUACCCUUUGGUGGAGUGAAGGGGUCUGGGUAUGGACGGUUUGCGGGCGAGGAGGGGUUGAGAGGUCUUUGUAACUUGAAGGCUGUUUGUGUGGAUCGUUUUCCGAGGUUCGUUGGGACGGCUAUUCCGCCAAGAGUGGAUUAUCCAAUUCAGAAGACGGUUGGUGUUGCGGGGGCGAGGGAUGGGGGGGAAGGCGUGGGAGAUGUGUAA